GCAGCCAGCGCCGCGCACCUCCAGCGGCCGCCGCCGCCCGACAGCGCGCCCCGGACGUGCCUGCUCGCGCCCCCUGCGCCCAUUUCCCCGAGGGGCGCCGCGGCCGGCACGGCGACGGUCCGGGCUCUGGAUGGUCCGCACGCUGCCCGCCCUCGCCCACCCCUGACGCCGCGGACCGCAGCCCCGCAGCCCCAGCGCGGCGCCGAGGACCGUCCAGCCGAGUUCUCCGUCCUCCGCGCGGGCAGCCAUUGUUUGAUGUCCUGUGACUGAGAAAACCAGCCUCCGAACGUUGCUAUGCCUUUGGAGAUGGAGCCCAAAAUGAGCAAACUCGCCUUCGGGUGCCAGCGAAGUUCCACGUCAGAUGAUGACUCUGGCUGUGCGCUGGAGGAGUAUGCCUGGGUGCCCCCCGGACUUCGACCGGAGCAGAUCCAGCUCUAUUUUGCUUGCUUACCAGAGGAAAAGGUUCCGUAUGUUAACAGCCCUGGAGAGAAACAUCGAAUUAAACAGCUUUUGUACCAGUUGCCACCACAUGACAAUGAGGUGCGGUAUUGCCAGUCCUUGAGCGAAGAGGAGAAGAAAGAACUGCAGGUGUUCAGCGCUCAGCGGAAGAAGGAAGCGCUGGGAAGAGGCACGAUCAAACUUCUGUCCAGGGCCGUGAUGCACGCCGUGUGCGAGCAGUGCGGGUUGAAGAUCAACGGAGGCGAGAUUGCCGUGUUCGCCUCGCGGGCGGGCCCCGGCGUGUGCUGGCACCCGUCCUGUUUCGUCUGCUUCACGUGUAACGAGCUGCUGGUGGACCUCAUCUAUUUUUAUCAGGACGGAAAAAUUCACUGUGGCAGGCACCACGCUGAACUGCUCAAACCCCGGUGCUCGGCAUGUGACGAGAUCAUUUUUGCUGAUGAGUGCACGGAAGCGGAGGGUCGCCACUGGCACAUGAAACACUUCUGCUGCCUUGAGUGUGAGACGGUCCUGGGCGGGCAGAGGUACAUCAUGAAGGACGGCCGCCCCUUCUGCUGUGGCUGCUUCGAGUCUCUGUACGCGGAGUACUGUGAGGCCUGCGGCGAGCACAUCGGUGUGGACCACGCCCAGAUGACCUACGACGGGCAGCACUGGCACGCGACCGAAGCCUGCUUCUCCUGUGCCCAGUGCAAAGCCUCUCUGCUGGGGUGUCCCUUCCUCCCCAAGCAAGGUCAGAUCUAUUGCUCAAAAACGUGCAGCCUCGGCGAAGACAUCCACGCCUCCGAUUCCUCCGACUCUGCGUUUCAGUCCGCUCGGUCGAGGGACUCCCGAAGAAGUGUCCGGAUGGGCAAAAGCAGCCGGUCGGCGGACCAGUGCAGACAGUCUCUCCUCUUGUCCCCCGCUCUCAACUACAAGUUCCCUGGCCUCUCGGGCAACGCCGACGACACCCUUUCUCGGAAGUUGGAUGACCUGAGUCUCUCCAGGCAGGGAGCAGGUUUUGUCAGUGACGACUUUUGGAAAGGCAGAGUCGAGCACGAAACCCCAGAAGACCCCGAAGAAUGGGCCGAGCAUGAAGAUUAUAUGACGCAGCUCCUCCUCAAGUUUGGUGAUAAAAGCCUCUUUCAGCAGCAGCCCAACGAGAUAGAUAUUCGAGCCAGUGAGCACUGGAUAUCUGAUAACAUGGUUAAAAAUAAGACCGAGUUAAAGCAAAAUAACCAGAGCCUCGCAAGUAAAAAAUACCAAUCUGAUAUGUACUGGGCACAGUCACAAGAUGGCCUGGGAGAUUCUGCGUACGGCAGCCACCCGGGCCCGGCGAGCAGCAGACGGCUCCAGGAGCUGGAUCUGGACCAUGGGGCCUCGGGAUACAAUCAUGACCAGACACAGUGGUAUGAAGAUUCCCUGGAGUGCUUGUCAGACUUGAAACCGGAGCAGAGCGUUCGGGAUUCUAUGGAUUCUUUGGCUUUGUCCAACAUCACAGGGGCUUCGGUGGAUGGAGAAAGCAAGCCGAGGCCAUCCUUAUAUUCCCUGCAGAACUUUGAGGAGAUAGAGGCCGAAGAUUGCGAGAAGAUGAGCAACAUGGGGACCCUGAACUCCUCCAUGCUGCACCGGAGCGCCGAGUCCUUAAAGAGCCUCAGUUCAGAGCUGUGCCCAGAGAAGAUCAUGCCCGAGGAGAAACCGGUCCACCUGCCGGUGCUCCGCCGAUCCAAGUCCCAGUCCAGGCCCCAGCAGGUCAAGUUCUCCGACGAUGUCAUUGACAACGGGAGCUACGACAACCUGGAGAUCCGGCAGCCCCCGAUGAGCGAGAGGACGCGGAGGCGGGUGUACCACUUCGAGGAGCGAGGCGCCAGGCCCCACCACCACCACCACCACCACCACCGCCGCCGGAGGAGCAGGAAGUCGCGCUCCGACAACGCCCUGAACCUCGUGGCGGAGAGGAAGCUCCCUCCCAAGGACCGGCUGCGGCUGUACACGCCCGACAACUACGAGAAGUUCAUCCAGAGCAAGAGCGCCCGGGAGAUGCAGGCGUCCCUCCAGAACGCCCAGCUCUACGGGCGCUACGCCCACGCCACGUCCGACUACGCGCUGCAGCAGAGCCCGCAGGUGCCCCGCUUCCUGGGGCUGUACGGGGAGGACGACGACUCGUGGUGCUCCUCCUCCUCCUCCUCCUCCGACUCGGAGGAAGAGGGCUAUUUCCUUGGACAGCCCAUCCCUCAGCCCCGGCCCCAGAGGUACGCCUACUACACCGACGACCUUUCCAGCCCGACGGCCGCACUCCCCACGCCUCAGUUUGCUCCGGGCGUGACCAAAUCCAAGAAGAAAAGGGGACACAAGGGCAAAAACUGUAUUAUUUCUUAACCCGGCAGCUGUGGCGGUCCUGUCUCAACUUAGCCAUUAACCCUCUUGACUCCUAGCCUUUUUCUUUCGUAGGAAAGUUGCUAACAUAGUUUAUAAAGUGCUUUGCCCACGUACAUGAGCCCCCCCUCCUCCCCCCCUGCUGUUUACAGCGUCAGAUUAACACUCAGAAGGUGUGAUUGCUCCCAUGGACCCUCCUCGGAUGGUGCCCGUCAGGUACAUUAGGGUGCUGCUGCAUAGCUGCUUCGGUCUCCGGUCUGCGAGAGAAUCUUCUAGAAACUGCCGUAAGGUGAUUGGACAGGGGGAGGGUACUGAUUUUAGACGACGGAGAACGUCGGCCGCCUUUGUAAAGCAAUAGUGUGUGUCAGUUGUCCACGCCAGGUUGGCCCCGGGCCUGAUCGGUCGGUCGGUCUGACUGUGCGGCACGCACGCAGUCACACUGACCCAGCCAACACUGUGCGCCCCAUCUCACGAGGCCACCUCGUCCCCUUGCAACCCUCUUUAGCCAGGUAAACUUUGUAUUAUUGUAUUAGCUCCAGCUACAGAUUGAAAAACAAAACAAGACAAACAAAAAAAAAAACUUUGCUAUUUAUAAUGUAGUAUUUCAUAGACUUAAAGUGUAUUCCUAAUUUAACGGUGCAAAUAUUAAUGUACAUAAUGUACAGUUCAGAUUUUAAAGCUGAUAUUUUUAUAUCCCUGAAUUGCAAGAUGUUUGUUACACUGCAGUGCUAGAUUUGUUAGGGAACCAGAAAACAGCAUUUAUGGAUGAAAUGAUUGCUUGUAUUUUAGUCAGGGUUUAUAAGUUUAGAUGGUCAAAUUUAUAUUGCCUAGUGAUGGAGAGUUCAAUUUUUUUUAUUCCCCCCCCCCCUCUCCCAAUAUUAAAAAGGCUCUGUAUGCAUGGUGGGGCUAUGUAAAUAGUCUUUAAAACUAUGGCCCUAUUAAUCUUCCGAGUGUUAUUUAUGGGUCAAGCAAUGUAAACUGUAUAAAUGUAAAAACAAACAAAAACCCCAUAUAGACCCCUGGAAUAUAUGGUAAAAACAAGUAGAAACUGUUUGGGUGGAUGUUUUUUUUUCCCCUCUUGGGGAUGGUGUAUGUGGGGGGGAGGGAGGUCCCAUGUUUAGCAAGGUGGUGAUUAUCUCAUGGGAAGAGACCAAAACUACAAGGAUCUGCUUUUUUGUGGCAGAGGACUUUGUAGAUUUAUUAUUUGAAGAGAGGUUAUUCCUUUUCAUCCCUCCCUUCCAGCUAAUUUGUUGGCUUUUAGCAGCAAUUUUGAAAACCGGGCCUUCUGAUUAUGUUUUUCUUUUAAAAUCUUUAAAUUAGAGGAUGCUGUACCACUGACUAUUUCAACUUAAUAGGAGGUUCUAUUUCAAGGGAAAAUUAUCUUAGACUUGAACUAAUGAGCUGAUAUUUCGGUAUGUGCCAUUCUUGCACAUCCGCUGCAGUCCUAGCUAAGGUCCCAGUGGUAUUUUGGACCUUUUGGAAGGUAUUAAAUAAACA